AUGCUCUUAGCACUUUUGACAUCUUUGCUAGUAUUCUCUCAGUCGAUCAGUGCAUCUGCUUUGACAUUUACGUUAGGUGCUCAAGAGAAAUCAUGUUUCUAUAUUUUCACAGAGAGACCGAAAACUCCAAUCAGUUACUAUUUUGCGGUACAGAGUGGUGGAUCUUUUGAUGUCGACUACACUAUUAUUAAUCCAAGAGGAGAAUAUAUCGAAUCAGGUGAAAAAGAAAGACAAGGCGAUUUUGUCUUCACAGCCGAAAUUCCAGGCGAAUAUGAAUUCUGCUUUGCUAACGGAAUGUCUACAUUCGCAGAAAAGGUAGUUGAUUUCGAAGUCAAAUUUGAAAAUGAAGAAGACGAGAAGGGGUUCAAAGCUAAAAUGCCUGAACAGCCUAAUGUGAGACCAAUUGAACACGUUGAAAAUAUGCAAGCUACAGUUGAUGAGAUUGAUCAACAAUUGAAUAACCUCUUGAGAACCUUGCAAUAUUAUAAGACCAGAAAUAACAGAAAUCAAGCAACUGUCAAAUCAACUGAGUCUAGAAUUUACUAUUUCUCAAUAUUUGAGGUUUUGCUUAUGGUUGGAAUGGCAUUUUUGCAAAUAACUAUUGUCCAGUUGUUCUUUAAAGGAUCUAGAAAGCAAUUGGUCUAA